AAAAAGACAAGAAAAGCAGGCCUAACUUUCCACUCCUGCACUUGCAUUGCAUUUCCCUCGAAAUUUUCAACCUGUCAUACCAAUCCCACAAGUGCAGGACAACAGAAGCUUCCUCCGGCAAAGAUUUCUUUCUUUGUUUUUUUUCUCUAAGCUUGACCACUUUGCUUGUGACCUUCCCUUCUUUGAACACUACUUCGAUGCCUUCAAACACCCUUUGUAUAAAAUCACUUCUCCGGUCUCAGGUUUCUCAUCACAUUCUCUUUUAUUCUUACAAUCUUUCUAUAUUUCAUCCAACUGCCAUUAGCCCAGUUCUCAAAUCUCCUCACAGUAGCGGACAUAAAAAUUCAAUGGAAAUGGCAUCAACAAACAUUCUCUCACCCUCUUUCUCAUUAGCUGAUUUCCUUGGGUUUCUCUUGUUUCAAAGAAUUCUCAAUUGGGUCAUCAGAUGUCAGAAAUCAUUUUAUAAAUUCAUGUUUUCCGUCACAAAAUCGAACAUUUGCUGCGGGAGAAAAAGCCCGAGCUCUGAAAUCAAUGAGACGAUGAAGAGCACAUCGUGCAAGCAGCUAAAUGAAAAGGGAGAUGUAAAGGUGAGCAGUGAAGAUGUCGAGAUGGUGAUGGGGAAGCUGGGUAUGCUUUGUAACCCAGACGGUGAGAUGCUCAAGACUUGUUUCAGCUCAGAUGAGCUUUCUGUCCUGUUCGAGGAGAAGGAACCAAGCUUGGAGGAAGUAAAGGAGGCUUUCUCUGUGUUCGAUGAGAACGGAGAUGAAUUCAUAGAUGCAAAAGAAUUGCAAAGAGUUUUAUGUAAUUUGGGUUUCAGAGAAGGAUCGAAUAUCGAUGCGUGUGAGAAGAUGAUCAGAGCCUUCGAUGAGAACGGAGAUGGGCAGAUUGACUUCAAUGAGUUUGUGAAAUUCAUGGAAAACAGCUUUUGCUGAGUUUUUCAUUGUUUCUUUCUUUCUUUCUUUUUUCUUCUUUUUUUAUACUCGAGAAAAAUCACAGAACAAUUCUAAUCCAACUGUUUCAUUUAA